AUGGUGGCUUCAUCUAACCACAAUGGUCAGGGCCGAAAGUUUUCUCUGACACCAGAAGUGUCUCAACUUGGAGCAACAAGCUGGGUGCCACUCGUCGAAGAUGAAGUAACACAAAGCUUUGCGUACUAUUACGACUACGAUUCUUCCAAUGACAAUGAAGGUAAAGCCCCAGCCUUUGCAUCACAAGCCGACUUGGAUCGGUGGUUUCGGGAACUUCAUCCUUUCAACUACGAGACUAAUAGUUCAGACGGAAAUGCAAAACAACAUGAAAUAGCUUGGACUGGAGCAAGCUACAAGGGCGAAGUUCUGUUGCGAAAGACAUCUUGGUGCGUCUUUGACGAAGCUUGCAAAUGCGUAUAUGGAUAUUCAGAUACAUGGCAACCAAUUGCUCAGUCAGCAAGGAUGAAGAAGGUCAUUGCGGAAAUAACUGAAGCAAUCAACUGUGUGAUCUUGGGGAAUGUCAAUGGAGGCCAUACCACUUCGCCGGCAUUCGAUUGCUGCAAUCUUAAUUACUACCCAAGAGGAGGAGGUGUUGGCUUUCACGCGGAUGAUGAAUUUCUCUUUGAUGGACUGCGCAGGCCGGUUCGAAUAGUAUCACUGUCACUGACAUCACCACCUUCGGAUAAGGGUAGUGCUCGAAAGUUUCAAGUCCGAAGGAAGCGAGAGGACGAAGAUGGCAACACGGCCCAAAAGAAGCACAAUCAUGAUGUGAUUGAAGUCAUGCUGAAACAUGGGGAUCUCAUGACGAUGGAAGGCUAUUUUCAAAAACACUAUCUACAUUCUGUCUGGCCCGGUGACAGUAAGGAAUACAUGGAUCAUCCACAUACUCAAGGAGAACGAAUCAAUUUAACAUGGAGGACGAUCGUGCAACACCUAGAUGGAUCCCAAGAGUGCAUGGGAAAGAUCUGCCCGUUGGCUGCAGCAGUUAAAUAG